CUCACAGCAUGACUCUCGGAAGCUGGGACAGCCACUGUGCUGCCUGCUGCCCCACCCCAGCCACUCAGCUGUAGCAGCCCCAGGCCAGGAACAUGAACAAGCUGCUGCUCUGGGCCUCCAUCCUCACCAGCCUCCUGGAAGCCUUUGCUGAGACAGACAUGAGUGGAAAGGUGUUUAUUUUUCCUAAAGAAUCUAAUUAUGCUCACGUGAGCUUGAUCACGCAGUUGGAGAAGCCUCUGCAGAACUUCACCGUAUGCCUUCGUGCUUACACUGACCUAUCCCGCGGCUACAGCCUCUUCUCCUACAGCAUCCAGACCAAGAGCAAUGAGAUGGUCAUUUAUAAGCCUAGAAUUGGAGAGUAUCAUUUUAUCAUUGGGGGAGACAAUGUUUUCUUCAGAGUCUCUGAGCUGUUCCCUGCUCCAGUGCACAUCUGUGCCAGCUGGGAGUCCUCUUCAGGCAUUGCUGAGCUCUGGGUCAAUGGGAAGCCUUUGGUGAGGAAGGGGUUGAAGCAGGGUUACUCUCUGGGAGCUCACCCCAAGAUUGUCCUGGGACAGGAGCAGGAUUCCUAUGGAGGCAGGUUCGAUAAGAGCCAGUCCUUUGUGGGAGAGAUCGGGGAUCUGUACAUGUGGGACUCUGUGCUUUCCCCAGAAGACAUCCGGUUUGUGUAUACAGGUUCCUACAUUAAACCCAGUAUCCUGGACUGGCAAGCAUUGAACUAUAAAACGCAGGGUUAUGUGGUCACCAAGCCCCACAGGUGGAGUUAAAGUUCUCCUUCCACAGGACAGACUUACUGGGAAAGAAACCACCAAUAAGACCAGCUCUGAAGACAAUUAUUCUUCGUGUCUUACUGGCUAAAGUUCAGUUCUCUUUGAAUUUCCUAUCUAUUAAACUGCUUAAUUCACAAAGUA